GUAAGAAGCGCGGAGGAUAUAAGCAAUCUCGCUCGCUUCUGGGGAAGAAAAACAGCGGCGAGGGGGAAAUAGUAGUGUGCCUGGACUUCCUUCUCACGUUUCCAUCGCCCUUUUCAAUUAUUGAAGCGGUGGAGGUUCCGCGAGAUCCAGGGAACACAGAUUGCGGGAAGAAAAGAGAUGGUGAUUCUCUAGUAUUCUCUUCGUAGAUCCAGCAUCCUACGCUAAAAGGAGGCUAUUUUGCAGCUACAAGAAGAUCUAUGGAAGGGGCUGGUUGGAUGUUGUCGAUAAGUUGUUUAAGGCACGGGAGGCGACGCCGUGGAACCCGUGAGACCCCGCGGCUGGAGAUCGUUCGAGAGAGAUGAAAUCGUGGCGGACAAGAUCGGCUUCCAACCAAGUUGAUGUGCGCGUGAACCGUGAGGAUUGUGCGAGCGGUGACCCUGCUUCAGUGACGAUCACUCGGCCCAAAAGAAUUGCAGAAGCGAAGGAUGUGGUAGUUGAUUCCAUGGAGUCGACUGCUGCUGAUUUGGCCGCUGGCCUUGAGCAAAUAGAGAGUGCAGCCCCGACCUUGUUAACUUUGGAAGAGGAUGGGGAUGCAGAUGAUCUAGAGAUUCAAACAAUUCCAGGAAGUGAUGAGGAGGAUUCAACAUCAAUCGAACCUGAAUUAUCUUCAGGAAGCUCUUGUUCAGUUAUUAGCGAUGUUAGCAGUGCAAGCUGUGCAAUGGAUGAGCUAUCGAUUUCAGAUUCUUCUUGUGAUUUGGGGACACCUACAUCUAUGGAUGCAGAAGACAACCUUGGUGAGAUUGUGCCUGCUUUAGCCGAGUUGUCUGCCAAUUCGUUAAACAGCCAUAGUGUGGUCGGACCUACUACCGUGGAGCCUGAAGCUCCUGGAAAACAUUUGAGUGGAAGUGGCAAAGGGUCACAGAAUGCCUACUUGAGAGAAAAUCUGCCUCUUUGGGGAUGCAUAACGAUAUGUGGACGUAGUCCAGAUAUGGAGGAUGCGAUGGUUGUGGUGCCUAAGUUCUUUGAAGUCCCCCUUCAAAGUCUUAUUGGUGAUCAAGUCAUGGAUGGCUUAGAUCCAAGCUCCAUUCGCUUGCCAUGUAACUUCUUUGGUGUUUAUGAUGGUCAUGGGGGUGCCCAGGUUGCUAAUUACUGCCGGGAGCGCCUCCACCAUGUAUUGAUAGAACUCUUGACAGAUCUAGUUAGUGAUAAUGGAGGCAAGGGUUGUAGUGAUUGGAGGAAACUGUGGGAGAAAGCCUUUGUUGCUUGCUUCCAAAAUAUUGAUGAUGAGGUUGGAGGGAAAGAAAGCAGCAGAAAUAUGGGAAGCAAAGCUGAUGCAUUCGAUGACGAUGACCAUCAAGCUCUUUCAGAACCUGUUGCACCGGAAACUGUUGGAUCAACAGCUGUGGUUGCUGUUGUUUGCUCAUCGCACAUUAUUGUCGCAAACUGUGGGGAUUCGAGGGCAGUACUUUGCCGUGGCAAGAAGCACAUUCCUCUAUCAGUAGAUCACAAGCCUGACAGGGAAGAUGAGUAUUUGAGGAUUGAAUCUCAGGGUGGCAAGGUUAUUCACUGGAACGGACAUCGUGUAUCUGGUGUUCUUGCUAUGUCGCGCUCCAUUGGUAUAUUUCAUGAUAAUUUGCCUAUAGAAGUGUCAACUUGUUUCUAUUUGGUUAUUGUUAUGUAUCUGAAAUUUACAGGCGAUAGAUACUUGAAACCAUGGAUUAUUCCUGAGCCAGAAGUUACUGUCACCGCACGAGCAAGGGAGGAUGAAUGCCUUGUUCUAGCAAGCGAUGGUCUGUGGGAUGUCAUGUCUAAUGAAGAGGUGUGUGAUGUAGCCCGCAAGCAGAUUCUUCUCUGGCACAAAAGGAAUGGCCCUAUAUCACCAUCAUCUCAAAGGGGCACAGGAGCUGAUCCUGCAGCUCAAGCAGCUGCUGAUCGUCUAACAAGACUUGCUUCCCAGAGAGGAAGCCAGGACAACAUCACCAUUAUCGUGGUGGAUCUAAAAGCUCAACGGAAAUUCAGAAACAAGUCUUAAUGUUGCUGGUUCAACUUCAGAGAAGAACCAUGUUGACGUUAGACUUGAGUUUAGUUGCUUAAUAUUGUGAAGCACUACACUCGGCCCUUCUCUUUCUUUUCUUUAUUUGAGGGCCUUAAGGUUGUAUGCUUAGUGAUUUUUAGAUUAAAGCUGGAUGAAUAAUUUAUUAUA